AUCGUCAUCGAAUAGUCCAUCGUGAUCGAUGCUGGACGUUGGCCGUCCUUCAUCAGCAUCACUUCUGCAUCUUCCCCUUCCUUUUCAUCAUCUAUUUAAUUAAUCUAUCGAUUGAAAUACCCCCGGAUCCUGAAUACCCACAACUAACGUCACUCCGGCCAUACCAUGGCUGACGUGGGGACUUCGAAAGCUUCCUCACCGCGCCGAUUGUCCUCGGCUACCGAUUCCAUAUCGUCUCAGUCCCAAAAGACAAUCAGGCCGUUCGAACUAUCUUCAGAGUCCACUCCUCUUCUACUCCGCAGGGACGAAAAUCUAUAUGGAACCCAUUCGAUAAGAUCGUCAUCGGUCUCGCAACGGAGCACUUCCGACAGCACCAGAAGCUCCCAUAAGACCAAAGAACGCACACGACUUCCUACAUGCAUUUCUCUUACCGUGCUCAUUGCUAGUACUCUCGGAAUCCUGAUAUUCAUAUUCGCCGCGCCAGUCAUUGUGAAGAGAUAUGCCGAGGAGGCCGCUGUGUUCGAGCCCCGGGAUCUUUCGGUUGAGUCCAGUACCCCGGAAGGCAUCCGCGCAAGGGUUCAGGGGGAGUUUACCCUUGAUUCAUCUCGUGUAGCAAGUAGACACGUUCGAGUUCUUGGUCAAUUCGCUACGUGGAUUGCACGGGAAGUGGAAACUGGACAGUCUGAGGUGCAAGUAUAUCUACCGGAGUAUGGGGAUCUACUCAUCGGCAUUGCAUCCUUGCCGUCGAUAAAAAUCAGUAUCCGGGAUGGCCAUGUCAACUGUCUGGACUUCUUGGCCGAUCUGGCUGUUGGUGAUGUUGGUGGUAUACGCUCCGUUGCCAAUGACUGGCUGGAGGGAAGGAUUGAGCAUCUACGAUUGAGAGGCACGACAACAACACAUCUGAAGUCCGGGUUGUUGAGUCUCGGAAUGCAGACUUUAUCGGAUACUCUCACAUUUGAAGAGAAGGAUUUUCCUGCUCUCCCCGAGAUUAACAUUACCAAGGCGAUCGCAUACGAUGAUAAUUCAUCUAGCCAGGCAGCAGCCGUGGCGGUUGAGGUCUCUAUCACCGCUCUGUUCGACUCUCCUUUUACCGUCACCAUUCCGCCUCUCGGGUUUGACGUGCUCGUCCCGAAUUGUUUACCAGGCGAUCCUUAUAUUCUAGUUGCGGUUGCGAGGACAGGAGAAGUGGAAGUUCGUCCCAGGUCGCCUACCAAUGUGGAUUCAUAUGGUAUCAUCAAGAAGAUUCCCAAUGAACUAAUAACGGCCUGUCCUGGUCAAAAGUCGUCGCCACUGGACAUUCUCGUCAAGAAUUACAUCAACGGCCUUCGCACUACUAUAUACAUACGCGGUGCUGAUGCUCCAUCGCCAGAUACCCCUGCUUGGAUUGUAGAACUGCUGAAGAGCGUCACGGUACCAUUACCAUUCAUGGGUCACGCGCUAGAUAAUCUCGUGAAGAAUUUCUCUAUGUCCGAUGUCAAUCUGUCUCUUCCGGAUCCAAUGGCAGAGCCAGGAACGCCGGAAGCACAGCCCAAGAUAUCAGCCUUGGUAAAGGCGCUCAUCAAACUGCCAGAGCAAAUGAAUUUCAAACUAGACGUCCCUCGUGUUCGUGCCAUGGCCGAUGUCUUCUACCAUGACAAAAAGCUUGGGUUUUUGGAUUUGUACCAAUGGUUACCUGCCAACACGACUCUUGUGGAAGAUUCAGAUAGCUUGCCGGCUCUGUCAGUCGGAUUUCGUAUGCAAGAUGCGCCGCUGCAAGUCACUGAUGAGAACACUUUAGCGGAAAUCAUUCAGACCUUGAUUCUUGGAAAGAAAGCAGUACGGCUCCGUGUUGUUGCGGCUGUGGAUGCAGAAGUCUCAAAUCGUUUGGGAACGUUUACCCUACGGAAAGUACCGGCAGAAGGCUCUUUGAGUGUUAAAGUACCGUACGGCGGCUCGAUCGACCAGUUAAACCCUAAAAUAGAAUCCCUAGAAAUAGGGCCUACGACUGAAUCUAGUGUACUGGUUAAAGCCACCAUGAACUUCACAAACCCGACUCCCUAUUCAGCAAUAGUGCCCAUGGCUGACUUGGUACUCCUUUACAAUGGAACAGUGGUAGGCCAUGUGGUAGCCCGAGAUGUCUCGCUUAUACCGGGUCUGAAUACUGGCAUCCACGUCGAUUUGGUAUGGAAUCCAUUAGCUUCCAGCGGAGCAAAUGGGGUAGACGUUGGGCGGAAGAUGGUUUCGCGAUACAUCUCAGGUUUCAACACAACAGUGAACGUCCGAAGCUACUGGGGAACAAUACCGGCUCUCCCAAAACUGGGACAGGCAAUGUCCAAGCUGGAAUUUGAGAUUCCGAUACCUAAAGCACCAACUCCAGAUGAUGGCAAAGACCCUGACGGAGGCGACGAUGAGGGUCGUUCGCGCUUCAUCCAGGAUGCAACGCUACACCUUUGGUCAUCAACGGCUGAAUUCACUUUAUAUUCUCCUCUCCCUCACACCGCAAUAUUUGUUACAUCUAUAGACGCAUCUGCAUUCUAUGAAAAGAAGGAACCAAUCGGCACGAUCGACUACCAUGUUCCUAUAAAAGUACCCCCGGGCAUCUCGCGAACGCCACAGCUGCCGGUAAAUCUCGACUUAAGUGGUGUUGGCUAUGAUGCCGUGAGGCGCGCACUGGGAAGGUCCCUGAAGAUGGAUGCUGAGGCGAAGGUGGGAGUUCGCAUUAGACAAUAUGAAGACAUUAUAACCUAUCAUGGUACGGGGAUUUCGGCGAAUGUGCGGAUAUAGCUUUUGUUUCGAGGAUUGAGUUGGAACUGGACUUUCUUUGGAUGGGAAAUUGGCGUUGCUUUUUGUAUGGCGUUUCUCCAGGGAUGUUUUUGUUUCUUCCAUUUCCCAUUCUUCUUGGUUCGCCGCAAAAGAAAAAGAAAGAUGGGAAUUCAUAUUUUUGGUUUCAGGGAAGAACAAUAGGGCCUCUCUCG